GUGUCCACUUGAUCUUGGAUCUUCACCAUGUCCGCCGUCAACCCUGUCAAUCCGAAGCCGUUCAUCCAGGAGCUGACUGGUAAGCCGGUGUAUGUUCGGCUCAAGUGGGGUCUCGAGUACAAGGGCUUCCUUGUGAGCACGGAUGGCUACAUGAACCUGCAGCUCGCAAAUGCGGAGGAAUUCCAGGACGGGAAGUCGAACGGAGCAUUGGGCGAGGUUUUCAUCCGGUGUAACAAUGUCCUUUACAUUAGGGAGGCUCCGCAAGAGUGAGCAAAUAACGUGGUUGAGUGGUGUUUGUGCUUUCUGGGCUGUUGCCCACGACAAAAAUGAUCUCGUGCGUGUACAAGAUUUCUGAGGCAUUGUAGUAUAUCAUGAUUUUGCACGGGCUAU